AUGGUAAGAUCGACCGAUAUUAACGUAUUCCAGCAGGAUCCAGAAUGUUCCACCUCCACGUCAAUGCCUACUAAUGAGCAAUCAAAAUCGACCAAUGUUAAAGCAWUACAGCAAGAGCCAGAAUGUYCCAUGCCAGUGUCUAUCAAUGAGCAAUCAGUAUACAAUUUGCCACACCAUGAUGAUCCUGUUACAAAUUUACCUAAUAAUCGCCUUGAAUUUAAAGAAAGAGUGAACCGUGGUCCAUUCCAACCUAAAUUACAAAUUUUUCCAAGAACAACCUUUGGAAUUAAAAACCGUUCUUUCCACCAACAAUAUUAUGAAGAAUUUCCUUGGUUAGAAUAUAGCCCUAUUAGUGACUCUGCUUACUGUUUUCCAAGUAGGGUGUUUAAGUCAAAUAGUUUGAACAUAGGUCAAUCAGAUGAAGCAUUUACUACCAGGGGAUUCAAAACUUGGAGUACUAGUACUACAUCUUUUAAAAAACAUCAGAAAACAAAAUCACAUUUCUAUAGYACUGAAUCAUUAUCAAAUUUCCAUAAAAAAUCUAUUGAUGUUGUUUUAGAUGAAGCUAAAGAGCUAGUACUGAGUAAAAGAGAAAGUGACAGAUUGAAUUAUAGAAGUAUAAUGCAAAGGUUAAUUGAUAUAACUAUACUCUUAGCAAAAACUGGAAAGCCAUUCAGAGGGCACAAUGAAAAUCUAAAGAGUGAUAAAAGAGGAAUGUUUUUGGAGCUUGCCUGGCUGCUUAAGAAGUAUGACCCGACAUUAAAAAAACAUUUUGAUGAAGGCCCCAAAAAUGCAACUUAUAUUGGUAAUUUAAUUCAAAACGAUUUGAUCUUAUCUAUUCAUUCUGUUCUUAAAAGAAAACUUGUAUCUUCUCUAAAAAACAAAAAAAUAUCAAUCAUGGCUGAUGAAACUAGUGACUGUGGCCAUCACGAACAGAUGUCAGUUAUUGUUAGAUAUUACGAUGAUAUAAUCAAUUCACCAGUUGAGUAUUUUGUUUGCAUGAUGCGCCUAACAGCAGUAGAUUCGCAGUCUUUUUUUUUAUUCUCUAACUUCCAUUGUAGAGAAACAAUUGGGUCUCAGCUGGUUGGAUGUAGGGGCUGUGUGCUUUGA